AUGGGCAAGAUCAUUUUCUAUGAAGACAAGAAUUUUGCGGGUCAUCAGUAUGAAUGCAGUGGUGAUUGUUCAGAUAUGCUCUGCUAUCUUAGCUGCUGUAACUCCAUCAUGGUGAAGAGUGGAUGCUUCAUGAUCUAUGAACAACCACAUUACAAAGGCCAGCAAUUCUUGCUCCGUAAAGGAGAGUACCCGGACUUUAAAAGCUGGUUGGGCAAAAAUGACUGCGUCUGCUCCUGCUGUGAAAUUCCCAUGACACAGGGAUCUUCUCAUGAGGUGAAACUGUUUGAGAGAAUGGAGUAUGGAGGUCAAAUGAUGGCUCUUGUGGAUGACUGUCCAAAUGUCAUGGACAUGUUCCAAACAAAUCACAUAUUCUCCUGCAAGGUGAUCAGCGGAAGCUGGCUCUUCUUUGAACAGUCCAACUAUAAAGGCAGGAUGUACCUCAUAAGGCCUGGAGAAUACACAAGAUUCACUGAAUGGGGAGGCUUGAGUGCCCGUGUGGGUUCCAUCAAACGAAUAACUGAUAACUAGAAUUAGCAUUCAUUCAGUUUGCUCAGCAGAUUUUAUUUUUUAUUUUUAUUUUUUAUGUAAUAUACACUGUUGUUAACAUACACACCAAACCUAAAAUUAAUAUUAGCUUCUAUUACUUAACAUUGGUCUGACAUGUUAGACAACACAGGCAAUCAUGUUGAAUAACAACUUAGGGCUUUACACUUUAAAUGCUCUUAUAUGUUUCCUCAGAAAUAAAUGUUUAUACAUUCUGAACCUAUAAAUGUUUAUUAUUUUUGAUAGAAUGUUUUACUUAAUAUUUGACUAUCAUUUUCAUAAUGUAACUGUGUUUCUUAGCAGACUAAUUAAAUACCACUGCU